AUGAGGUGGAAAUUUCGAAGAUUCAAAUUCUUAUGAGUUAUGCUUCAGAAUAUUACAUCUUGACGGCUUCAACAAAGAAGAUUCAUUAGAAUACCGUUCAAUAAUCCAUUCCAACUGCAUGCAUGCCAUGACGCAAAUGUUAGAAGCUUGCUCAGCUUUCGCUAUCCUGCACGAAAUGUGGGUCCAAGUAAGUAGAAUUUUUUUUUCACCGCAGAAAGAAAACUAUUCAGAAUUAUUAGAAGGUAAACGACUUUUUAAGUCGUGAGCGAAUAAAUAUGAAUCAGACUUUUUUGAAGUUUUGAAUGAGGUCCCUUGAUUAUAGGAAGAUAUAAAUCGCUUCGAGGACUUCAAAAGGAAGCUUAGAGAUCCGGAAGAACUGGUGAUCCCAGUGGUUAUCGGCCGCUGCAUGGACCGUAUCUGGACCAGCAAUUCUUUGCAAGCCUGUUAUCAUCGUCGUUUCAGCUUUCAACUACUUGAUAGCGCAAAGUAGUGAGUCAGGAAAAACCUGUAGCUUUUCGUGUGCAACUUCGAAAAGCAUGACUUUCAAACAUUCAACCAGAAACCUUCCUUUUUCAAGCGCAAUUGCAAUAAAUUUCCGACAUUUUGGAAUCAGAAAUCAACCUCGUCCAAGAAUUCGAAGAAUUCGUCAUUUUAUUCUUUAUUGCAGUUUCCUGGACAACAUCGUUCGCCUGACAGAAGACAACUACGUACCCACAACUCAGGACAUCAUUCAAAGCCGUUUUCGCACAACAGGAAUCAGCGAAAUCUCAUUUACUCACAGGAAAAUGGACUUCAAGUUAAUGACUUGUUGUAACGAAUGUUGAAUGUUUGUUUCAGAAUGGUCGACGUGGGAGGCCAGAGAUCAGAAAGGAGAAAGGUUGCUAGACAGUGACAUCAUAAAUAAAUGAAUUUUUAGUGGAUACAUUGCUUCGACAAUGUCGACAUGGUUCUUUUUGUCGUUUCCAUGGCAGACUACGAUCAGUUGGACCCUGAAGACAGUAGAUUCGUGAGUCAGACUCAAUAAAAGUUACAAAUUUUUGAGGGGAAAAUUUACAAGGUGAAGGUUUAGAUCUAUUUUAAGAUCCCCUUAUUUCACAAAAAAAAAUCGGAGGACCCUAAAAAAUCUCACAAAGUUUAAGAACUGCGAAACUUUGAAGAAAUGUUAUUCAUGAUUCUAAAUCAGAGAUCUAAAGAGCAUAUAUUUCUGCAAAAACCCAACAAUUUUUGAACCAGCCAAUGAUUUCCGAAUGGAAAAAAUCUCGCUUUUUCGAAUCAUAAAGCAACAGAAUUGAUACAGGAUGUCUAGCAAAUUUCUUCAGAAUCGGAUGAAACAAAGCUACGAGAUUUUCAAAACAAUAGUUCAAAGCGAUUUGUUUCGUCACGCUUCAAUUGUCCUUUUUCUCAACAAAUUCGACAUUUUCUGCGACAAACUCCAGAAUUCUCCCCUGAAGAGAUGCUUCAGUAGUUACACUGGUAUAGUCUGAAAUGACAACUUUAUCCAUUUUCUCACGCAGGCGAUAACUCUCCGGAAGAUGCCAAAAACUACGUUCAAAAACAAUUCAAGCGCUGCAUCCAAGAACGUCACAAGUUUUUCAACUUUGUAACCACCGCAACGGAUACGAAAAACAUUGACUUGGUGAUUUAGUUGAUUUAUAACAUUCUAAAUUUUUUUUAGGUGUUCUGCUCGGCAGUCGCUCACAUUGUCAACGAGAAUUUGCGCUCUACCGGUCUCCAGGAAUAA